GUCACAGCCCCAACUAAAGCUCCAGUAAAAGCCCCAAGCAAAGCUCCGACAAAUGCUCCCACAAAAGCACCUGUUAGAGCUCCAACGAAAGCUCCGACCAAGGCUCCGACCAAGGCUCCAACCAAAGCUCCGACCAAGGCUCCAACCAAAGCUCCAACGAAAGCUCCAGUCAAAGCUCCGACCAAGCCGCCAGUC